AUGGAGCAAGCAAAGGCGUUGAACGCCCUCGAGCCGUUCCUCGCCCUCUCCAGCUCCGCCACAUCUGACCGCGCCGCCGCCGACGUCGUCAUGCGAGCUACCUCCGCCCCAAACACCUACAUCUUCGCAGAACUCCUGCGGCAGCCGCGAAUCCGAGCUCUCGCCGGAAACCUCGAGUUCUCACCCCACCUGCGCCUCCUCGAGGUCUUCUCGUACGGCACCUAUCAGGACUACCGUGAAACGCGCGGCCUGCCGCGGCUGAACGAGCCCCAGAUGCUCAAGCUGCGCCAGCUCACCUUGCUCACGCUCGCCCGAGACAGGUCGAACCUGUCGUACCAAGCCCUCCAGAAAGCGCUGGGGCUCACAUCAGCACGACAGCUGGAGGACCUCGUCAUCACCGCCAUGUACGCCGGCUUACUCCACGCCACUCUCGACCCGGCCCGCCAGGCAGUCCAGGUAAACAGCCUGGCACCCCUGCGGGAUCUCGCGCCAAGGUCCAUCCAGGACAUGAUUGCCGCCCUGGGCAACUGGUCGGACAAAUGCGCCUCCACGCUGCGCGACCUGGACGCCCAAAUCGUCAACAUCCGCGCGGCCGCUGUCGCGCGUGAAAAGGAAAAUCGGGCAGCGGAGCAAAGAAUCCAUGCCCUGGUUUCAGAAGCACGCGACUCGGACAAGAAGACGGACCAGCCGGGCCGGGAUGCCCUUCCAAGGAGAGCCUACAAUAAGCGAUCCAUGGUGGAUGCUUCCAAUAUCACGAGUGCCGAGACAAUGGACGUGGAUGAGCCUCCUGCUGCCGAAGAGCAAAAGAAGCGAUCCGGUAAGCGGAAGAUGUAG